UACACACACAGCGGGGCCACGCGCUAGCCCGGCCCCUUUGUAGUUCGCGUGGUCACACAGUAACGGCAGCGCGUGGCGGUCUAAAUCUCGCUUACAGCUGCCCGCACGAGCUUCAGGCGCCUCGUCCGGCGAUCUUGUGGCUGAGGCAGAAGAAGGGAGCGGAGGGGGGGAGCGUGUCGUGACAGCACCCUCCCUCCUCAACAUGACUGACUUCAAGUUGGGCAUUGUACGGUUGGGCCGAGUGGCCGGCAAGAUCAAAUAUACACUAAUAGAUGAACAAGAUAUCCCGUUGGUAGACAGCUAUUCUUUUGAGGCACGCAUGGAAGUAGAUGCAGAUGGAAAUGGCGCACAGAUAUUUGCUUUUGCAUUCGAUAAGUACAAAGGAAGAGGGUCAGGCCGUCUUCUCCAUGAGUUGCUGUGGCAGCGGCACAAAGGAGGAAUUGCACCUGGAUUUCAGGUUAUUCACUUAAAUGGUAUAACUGUUGAUAACAGACUAGACAACUUACAAGUGGUUCCUUGGGGUUGGAGACCAAAGAUAGAAGAGAUAACUAGUAAACAAAGGGAGCAGUCCCUCUAUUGGUUAGCCAUACAACAGCUUCCCACUGAUCCUAUAGAGGACUUGUUUCCUUUGCUGAAUGUUACUCGCUGUUACAAUGCUAAUGGAGAAGUUGUUCGAGAGGAAGAUAAUUCGUGCACUUAUUAUGAAUGUCACUACCCUCCAUGCACAAUGAUGGAAAAACAGUUACGGGAGUUUAAUAUUUGUGGCCGAUGCCAACAAGCAAGAUACUGUGGUACCCAAUGUCAACAGAAAGACUGGCCUGCUCACAAAAAACACUGCUGCGAGAAGAUAAGGAUUUCGCAGUGUGAGCUUGAACCUGAACGGUGACUUGAGCGUCAUAAGACUCUAACAAUUCUCUACAUAGGAGAUUAAGAAACUAUUUUGCACAGAGACUGGAUUUUGUACCCGGAAGCACUGAGGAUAACCCUGUGAUGGAGUAAAAAAAGAGCUAGGUUGGACUUGACUUUCAGUGACUUAAAGGAACGGAUCUCUUUUCCAGUGUUAGAUUUACAAUCACAAGGACUACUGUGAAAGCUCUCUUGUGAGCUUCUAAUUUAUGUUUGUAAAGUCAAUGUACAGGUUUUUUAACUUUAUUUUGGAUGUUUGUUUUUUUGUUUUUUUUGCCCUGUGUCUUUAGUGAAGUACAAAAUGCUUUUAAUUGCCUUUCUUAUGAAUGGGCACAGAGCAAUAGGCAACUUGAGGAGCAGUGUCAAAUGGGAUUUGGAAAUAAUAUGCAUGAAAUAUUGUAAAAUUGAAAAAAAAAGUAAAUGAUUAUACCUCAUUAAACGCUCCUUUUUAAGUUUUAUGUCUGCAGAACGAGUCCAUCCCACGUUAAAGAAACCGGAUUACUGUUAAGAAUAUUAGAGCAGCACUUAAAAGGACAUAAAACAAGUUGGGAUAGAGACAAAAUAUAAUAUGUACUUUAAUUACUUCACCUGCAAAUUUAUACUGCAGUGCCUCGCCAUUAACCCUUUCUUUUAAGUUUGAUAAGGGGGGGGCGGAUCAGACCGCUCCAGACAGCAUGGCUAUGUAACUAAUUUUUGCUUACUUUUGAAAAUUAUUUUAAAAUGCUUUUCAGCAAACUUUUUUUUUUUUUUUUUAAAUGUAAACUUUUUUUAGUUGAUUAGCCCUUUUAGGAUAUGCACAGAUCUCGACAUGUUUUAUGGCACUUUAAUGUAGAAAUCUUCAUUCACGAGGACCAUAGCAAGAGGUAAGUCCCAAAGAUCUACUCAAUUUUGAGAGCAUGUGGUGGGGUGAGCUGUAGGACAUAAAUAUAUAGACUUCUAUCUGGACAAGUUAGGUUUGUGAGGCUUUUAAGAUAUACCAGCCAAGACCAAUAAAAUAAAUCGUAUCUGCAAACGAAGGUUUGGUUUUUAUCACCUCUGCUGCUGUGUUUGCUAGGGAAAAGUUCUAUUGCCCUUUAGUUAUCCCAAUUCAAACAGUAAAGAAAAUGUGUGUUCCUGUUAUAGGGCUACCAUGUUUAGUAUUUACUAUGCUGUAUUGGUAUGUCGCUGUGACAGGGGAAGAAGAAUGUAGUAAUGGGUAAAAACUAUAUUACUAUUGAAGGGAAACAUGAAAUUGUGCUAUUUAAUUCAUGUAGAUAUGUAUGUAAUCUAUCUAAACCCCAAAAAGCAUAAAGGGGGGAAAAAAAACUUAAAUUCAUGGUGGCAGCAACCCCAUUUGUGUUGUACCCAACAGUAACCUUGGCUGCUAAGUUAAUGUUUCUUUGUUAGUUUCCUUUCAUUUUUAUUUCCUUGGGAAACUUGAUUUAACCCCUUAGCUACCUGGAAUUUCAGAGAAACAUUAGUCCACAGUAUCAGAAUAUUUAGCAUUUUGCUAUCACUGUGUUUAAACAGGAAUAGAGCUUUUUUUAAAAAAUUUUUUUAUUUAAGUAUGAAAACUAUUUACGUAUGAAUAACACUUUUGCAAACGUUGGGUUUUUAACUAAAAUUAUUUGCAACUACUGCAGUUAUAAGGCAAAUGGUUGCAAAAGCUUCUCUGGGAUUCCAUUUGUUGAGAAAUAACAGAUAUGCAUGGCUUUGCCAUUGGUUCUUUGGCAUUUUGAAGGCUGCUAGUUGCUGCUGUGCACCACACUUCUGAAAUUCCCAACAGUGUAGGAGUUAAUCAAAUAGCUUGUAAUAAUAUUUACUCUAGUUAUAGGGGUUACCCUCACAAACACAUCUGAUCACUCCCCCCCCCCCCCCCACCACACACACACACUGGUCACCACCAUAUUAGGUACUAGCAGACAGUCUGCAGUUUAGGGCCUUUAUUAAUAUUGCUCCUUUACCAUAUGCAUGCAGAUGCCUUCUGCCCCCAGUUGCAGUCUCCCCUGAUAGUGGGGACCGCAGCAUGUGCUACAGUGUUGGAUAUAGGUACUACAUCAACACAAUACUCUGGGCAAAGUACUGUGUGACAUAGUAUCUACACCCUAUUGGCGCAAGGGGUUGAUUGAAAAAUGCAUAGGCAAUAUAAGAAAUCUCAGGGGACCUAUUUGAAGAGCAAUAUGAGGCGUAUAACAGCUGAUGUAAAGGCAAUGGUUUUCAGAAUUAAGUAGCCAUAGAUGGGGGGGAUGUAUCGUUCUUGGUGAGUCAAAGCCGUCUAACCACCUACAAACCCCAGACAAAGGUUUGAGUUGGGUUCAGAUUUAAGUAUAUUGCCCUUGUUGAACAUUGUUUUAAAUAAAGAUUAUUUUGAAGAGGC